AUGGGAGCAAAUGGCUCUGUCCGCCGGUCGAAAACCGCAAUGAGCUACUUGAUGAAUGAGUUCAAUCGCUUGAAGUCACAUGGCGUUGACGGGGAGGCGGUUUGGGGGGAGUGGUUCGCGGCAUCGCUGGUAUCCACCAAUGCCAACGGGGCCUCCUUGCCACAAGCGCAGACCCACGUGGAGGAACCUGUGCUCACGUUGGCGACCCUUCAGCGGCUUGUCACACCUGAGGACUUGUCCUUGGAUUUUCGACACAUUGCCACUCUUUGGAAGCUGGACUCAAAUCGAGAUGGCGUCGUCACCUUUGAGGAGCUCGUGACUUUUGCAGAAUUCUGCAAUGAGCAACGGAUGAUGCUUGGAGACCUGGAGCUGUCUCAAAAGCUCAAGGCUCUUUGCGUCAUGGAAAUGAUUGCAGAUGUGUGUGAUGAGGAUGGUCAAGACAUCUUCGUGGACUGGAUGCUGAAGCUUGUCGCUCAGGACAUGUCCCCUCGCCCAUUUCGCAUGAUGCGGAUACCAGUGGACACUGAGGAUACUGGAAGGCCUGGUAGGCCAACCUUCUACGUCCACAUGGAUGUGGUCAUGAACCUGUACAAUCUGCUGAAGCCUUGCCAGAUUUCAAGCCACACAAACAUGCAAGACUUUGUUGACUUGCUCCACCAAAUCGGGGAGAGCAUGAACCUUCAGCCACUGAUGAUAAAGGACCUUGAUGAGUGGGUGCCGCUGGAAGUCGUGUAUCACUGGUUGAAGCGCUUUGUCUCGGCAUUCACUGACCUCUACAAAGAGCUGGGUCUGUUCAUUGAUACUUGA